AUGGCGGGUGUAAGCAGAUGCAUGAAGUACUCCAUGUUCAUCUUCAACUUUUUUUUUUGGGUGUGUGGUUGCAUUAUUUUGGGAUUCUCUAUAUGGAUACGUGUUAGCAGUACUCAGCAGGGUGUAGAAAGCAGCGUGUUUGCAGGAGUUAAUCUACUAAUAGCCGUGGGAGCCAUCAUUAUGAUCCUUGGGUUCCUAGGGUGUUGCGGUGCUGUAAAGGAGAGCCGGUGCAUGCUGAUGUUGUUCUUUAUUGCACUGCUUCUGAUCCUGAUUCUUCAGAUCACAGGAGGUAUUUUAGGAGCAGUGUUCAAACCUCAGGUGGAAGAAGCUUUUACCCUUACUCUAAAUACGAGUGUGAAUGCUCUGAAAAGUACUACAGGAGAAUAUAAAGAGUAUCAGGAGGAGUUCCAGAAGCUGGAGAAAAAGGACAAAUGUUGUGGAUUGCUCAAUGGACCUGAAGACUGGGGAGAAAAUUUUAACAAACCUUCCUCAAACAUCUGUCAGUGUGAGCUAGAGAAGCCAUCAUCAGACCUCUGCAUGAAAUAUCAAGGCAGAUACAUCUAUAAAAAACCUUGUGGAGAAGUGAUUAUUCAACAAAUUAAAGACAAUCUAGUCAUAAUUAUGGGGAUCGCCUUUGGACUGGCUGUUGUUGAGAUUCUUGGUUUGGUGUUUUCUAUGAGCCUCUACUGCCAGAUCGGGAGAAAAUGAAACUGCGAAAAUGUCAGAAUGAUGUCACCAGUCAAAUCAAGACCCUUCUAGAAAGAUGGCUAGAGAUUUGGCUGGGCACAU